UCUCUGUGUUAACAUGAGCAAGAGUGUUUCCAGACGCAGGGCUGCGUCGGUGCCGGACUCAGACACCAGCGACAAAUCAACAGUGGCCUUGAAGAAAGAGAUCGGACUGUUUAGUGCGUGCGGUAUUAUUGUGGGUAACAUCAUUGGUUCUGGGAUCUUCGUAAGUCCGAAGGGUGUUUUGGAAAAUUCUGGUUCAGUGGGUCUGGCUCUCAUAUUGUGGUUUCUUACUGGUCUCAUCACUGCCAUCAGUGCUCUGUGCUAUGCCGAACUGGGAGUCACAAUCCCAAAAUCUGGGGGUGACUAUUCCUAUGUAAAGUACGUCUUUGGAGGGCUUGCUGGGUUUCUAAGGCUGUGGGUUGCCUUGUUGGUGAUCUAUCCGACUAACCAGGCCGUGAUUUCUCUUACCUUCGCCACUUAUGCACUGCAGCCUCUCUUUCCAUCCUGCUUUCCUCCAGAGAAAGCCUUGGGUCUGCUCGCCGCAGUCUGUUUGUUGCUGUUAACCUGUAUUAACUGUCUCAGUGUUCGCUGGGCAACACUUGUACAGGAUGUGUUUACCUCAGGCAAACUUCUUGCUCUCAUUCUCAUCAUCAUUAUGGGCAUCGUGCAGAUCUGCAAAGGUCAUUUUUAUUGGUUGGAACCUGCCCAUGCAUUUGACCCUCUGGAGCCGUAUGAAGUGGGUCGCAUCGCACUCGCUGUCCUCCAAGGCUCCUUUGCUUAUUCAGGCUGGAACUUUCUGAACUAUGUAACAGAAGAGCUUAUUGACCCCUACAGGAACCUGCCUCGUGCCAUCUUCAUCUCGAUCCCUCUGGUCACUUUCAUCUAUGUUUUUGUAAAUAUCGCAUACAUUACAGCUAUGAGCCCUCAGGAGCUGUUGGCCUCUAAUGCCGUUGCUGUGACAUUUGGUGAGAAGUUGCUUGGGGUGAUGUCAUGGCUCAUGCCCAUUUCUGUGGCUCUGUCCACCUUCGGGGGGGUUAAUGGUGCCCUUUUCACCUCAUCUAGGUUGUUCUUUGCUGGUGCAAGAGAAGGUCAUCUUCCUAGUCUGCUGGCAAUGAUUCAUAUGAACCGAUGCACUCCCAUACCAGCUCUAAUCUUCACUUGUAUAGCAACUCUGCUGAUGUUGUGCACUACUGACAUAUACACUCUUAUCAACUAUGUUGGCUUCAUUAACUACUUGUUUUAUGGAGUUACUGUGGCUGGGCAGAUUGUGCUUCGCAUUAAAGAGCCAGAUAUGCAUCGUCCAAUAAAGGUGAGCUUGGUGUGGCCUGCAAUUUACCUGGUCUUCUGGGUGCUACUGAUGAUCGUCUCUGUGUACUCUGAACCUUUGGUGUGCUGUAUCGGUCUGGUCAUCAUGCUGUCAGGUGUCCCUGUGUAUUUUGUUGGUGUCUAUUGGGAAAACAAGCCCAAGUGCUUCAGUUCUUUUGUUGAUAAAAUGUCACGUUUGGGACAGAAGUUGUGCAUGGUGGUCUAUCCUGCCGAGGAUGAGGGCAAGAAAAGUGAUGGUGAAGAAAAGGAGUCUUCCACAUAGAAGAAAUUUGACAUCUAUCACGUAUGGCUAUCCACUCAGCUGUAAGCGUCAUAAUUUUGACAAAGUGUUAAAAUGCAAAACAGACACUCAAACAGCAGGAAGAUGAAUGUAAUAAUGAUACCAAUUCUGAUUCAUCAUGACUAAUGUUAUACAUAGCCUAAUUAAAUUUCAUUGGUGUAAUGCUGCCACCCAUUGGUAAGAUUAUUAAACGCACUGUAUUGUAUUUGUAUUACAAAAAUGAAUUUGUAUGUAUUUAUUGCACAUUAUUUUGUUUUUAUCUUGAUACGUCUCUUGAUGGUUGUGUUUCCUAAAUGUGUUUCUUGAAGACAAAUGCUUGUGAUUGAGGUAUUUUUGUUUGGUGUUUAACUUAUCUCCAUACUUAAAAGGUUUUAAAAAUAAACUUGGACCUAUGCGACCAAAAAAUAAAACAAUG